GUAACGAUGUCUGAAGUGAAGUAAGUAAAUGAAAUAAAAGAGCGAUGAGCUGUGCUCAUUCGUAUUCUAGACUCCAACAAGAAAAGGUGUUCUUCGAGACUUAUUAGCUGGCGACAGGAAAAAAAUCAAUCAAGUGUGUGCAAAGUAGUAGUGGCAAAAGUGCAAGAGAGCUGGUGCAGUUGCAGAGUGGAUUUGAAAGUUGAGUUCCGGCUAUUCGGCAGCGAGAAUAUUUCAUCUCCAGGGAGUCAACUGGAACCGAGGUUGAAAGAACCGGCAAGGAUCUUGGAUCAUUGCGCCAUUGCCAACUGUGUAGUACAAUUCUCAAGCGGACAUUGUUAAUUGGUAGCCAUUCUGGUAACGUGAGUAUCUGGAGAGUUGGACUUUGAUUCGACAUCUUAGUGCUGAAGAACAAAGCCAUUGUGUGACGAGCUUUGUUUCUUUUGUUAGCUGUGAAUGAGACAAUUCAACAAUAGUGGGACAAUUUGAUAGAAAUCUUUCUUUGAAAGUUUCUUUGUUCCAAGAGUUUCUGUUUAGUUUUAAAAGAACUAAAACAACAUUUUAUUAACAAUUGUUCUUUUUAUUUUGUUGUCUAGAAUCACGAACCAUUUGCUAACUGGCACCUACACAGCGGAGCGAAUCCUUUGUUCUCUAUAAGCUGACGUAAGAACCCGGAUUUUUGUUCGGCGAUUGGACGGGAGCCUUUCCAAUUUCCACGGAUUUGCCGUUUUCACUGGCUAAUUGGCUGGUGCAGGUUGUGACACGGAAAAUUUGGUAAGCUACCCAUUUUUCUUACAUUAAUCUCGAUUGCGGCUAAAAUUUCAAGAUGGCCCAGAGCACGCUAGCCACCAUUAUGGAACCGUAUCGAAAAGGCACAUCCUUUUCGGAGUGGAUUGAACGUUUAAGUUCCGUGUUUCGGUUGAACAAGAUUAAGGACGAGGAUAAGAAAGACUAUUUCGCGACUUUGUGUGGCCCUUCUGUUUAUAGUGAGGUUAAAUUAUUAUUUCCUAAUACAAAUUACAGUGAUAUUAUAUAUGAUGAAAUGGUAUCGAAACUGAAAAGUCGAUUUGAUAAGACAGAAACGGAUUUUAUCCAAAGAUUCAAAUUUAACCAUCGCAUUCAGCAGCACGAUGAGACAGUGGAGGAUUUUGUCCUCUCGGUAAAGUUGCAAGCCGAGUUUUGUUCUUUCGAAAAUUUCAAGGAGAAAGCCAUUGUAGAUAGAAUUGUUGCUGGGGUCAAGGACAAGGCUUUACAGCAACGGCUGCUGAGCGAAGAAAAGUUAACUUUAACAAGUGCAGAAAAGAUAGCUAUUACUUGGGAGAUGGCUAGCUCAAAUGCAAGGGGUAUGAAAGGAAACAGUUUAGAUCAAAUUUCCGCGGUUAGGCCAAGCAGUUCGGCGGGCAGUGCAUUCAGGAAGAUUCGAGAUACUUUGGACCUAGCUAGAUCUAUGAAUUCACCAAACGAGAGACUCUCAGUGAAGGAUAGGCUUGGUUAUCGGUCAUACAAUGGUCCACGGAAAACUGAUUGGAGAAGAGACAAUAGCAGGAAUCAAUUAGCAUAUGAGGACCGUGUCUGUGGAUUUUGCGGAUUGAAAGGACACUUGAAGCGUAAAUGUUUUAAAUUGAAAAAUCUUAGGAGAGACACCGUUAAGUUCAUGGAUACUUGGCAAGCAGAACAUGGCGGUAGUGGACCUACAGAUGACGCAUCCAUUAGUGGGCUGUUCAACCGGUUAAAAACCGACAAAUCUGACAGUGAAGACGAGGAAUAUGACGCAGGUGGAAAUUGGAAGCGUGCGAACCACUGCUCAUCGAACGCAAAUUCGUCUGGUUAACAAUCUGGAUUCACCACGACCAAACAUCACGCUUCCUACGCCUAGACCAACAUCCAGGACGCACGAUAUGGCUCGGGCAAAUGCCUCGCCGGAUAAUGUCGGUAUGGAGCAGCCGCAAGACUCCGAAGAAGAACAUCCCAAUCGAAGAGCUAAACGAAGACGUGAAGAUCAGCUUCAGCCGAGUCCUGCGUUACGGCGAUCGAAGCGUAUUAGGCAUACCAAAUUAGAUUCGAAUUUUGUGUAUUACGAUCGACAGUAAGAUACUUUGAUAAUCAUAAUUAAGAUGAACUCAAGUUCGCUCAGAUCUAUAACCUUAUCGAAAGGGGGAAGAAGUUGUAGUGUCUCAGUGGACACAUUCGAGAUUGAAAUACUUUCAGUGUAUUAUAAUAGUAUUAACCCUUUAUUUAAACAUAUGCAUUUAACAGUGUAA